GAAGCUAAUCUAGAGUACUAUUUCUCUUACUGUCAUGUGGACAACUUAUGAUCUUUUAUUGUCAUCUUUAAGAGACUCGAAUUCAUCAGUUAUUGUGCGAUUAUUAUUCAUACGUAUAUUGUCCUUCUUAAUUAAUUAAAGGGUAUGCAGGAAAGGGUGAAGUCGCAAAGAGCUCCGCUGUAUCUGUUUUUACUGACAUUUUUGUUAGCCCUUAGCACGGCAUCGACGUUAUGUGAAAAUCGGUGUGAAAGGGCAAACCCACGACUCCGUACUUUAAAAAUUCUGUGGAACCGUUCUUUGAGAAGAAUGACAGGUUCAGAUAUAUCAUUUGAUGAGUUUAUAAAGUCUUUAAUAACAGCCACAGAUGAUCGACCAAUGAUGGGGCCAUUGAGAAAUGAUCUUCUCAGAAUGAUAGGAAGAUAUCGAGACUGUGCUGUAGCCUGUGAACAUCAGUUUAGCAAACGUGGUGGUACAGAACAACAUCUGGGCUCCCGAUUAUCACUUUUAUGCGAAAUGGUAACCAGAAAUGGAAUAUCUACUUUAUCUGAAACAGUGAAAGAUUAUUGUAGGCCUUAUUCAGAUUUUAGUGAUACAUCGUUCUGAACAACUUGUAUCAACUCAUAUAUUGUGCUGUUUUCUUGCACUAAGACAAUUAUUAUAUAUCAAAUAUUAAUAGGUGAAUAAUCAGUGAACUGCUGCUGUGGAUAAAUGAAUACCAUAAGAAUUUAGAACUAAUUAUAUAUUUCAGUAUUCCAAAAUAAAGAG